GCUAAAACAAUUUGGAAUCAAAGUCUUGGUAUGCGAUAAAGACAACACACUUACCCUUCCGUACGAUCCUCAUUUACAUAAACCCUUUGAGGAUGCAUGGAAGCAAGCGCUUGAUGAAUUCGGUAGAGAUAACGUGGUGAUAAUAUCGAACUCGGCUGGUACGCCGGAUGACCCAGAUUUCUCAAAGGCACGAGAAAUUGAACAGUCUAUAGGCAAGUCCCCACAAUCCCUUUCCAAUCUUUUUAUGCAUUUAUUAUUUAUCGCGCAACUAUCACAUUUCUUUUUCACUUUACAGAAACCAGGGACACCGUUUUCUGCAGUCCGUUCACACUUCCAGCAUCAUACUUCGCUACGUCCACACGAGGCCGUCGUUAUCGGAGAUCGACUACUUACAGACGUGCUGUUUGGUAAUGUGAAUGGAAUGCCUAGCAUUCUAGUCACGGACGUGCCCAGUGAGCUUGGGGAUAAUCCUUCUGCCGUUAAGAUUCGAAGAGCAGAACAUCGUCUUGUUCAAUGGAUGGUAAAGAAGGGAAUCGAACCACUAGGAUCAAAGGAACGGGGAGAAUUACGUAAAGUGAUGAGUGAGAGGGAUGUGACUCGUGAAAUAUGA